AUGCCAACGUCUACGUACACCAUCCCUGAUCGCAUCGUGCCCAUGCGCGUCAUCGUCUGUGGCGUCCAUCGCACAGGAACGUUGAGUAUUCGUAACGCGCUGUGGCAGCUUGGUUUCCACGAUUGCUACCACAUGCAAACUCUCUUCAACAAUCCCACGCGCGCCCCUGAAUGGGUACGUGCCAUGGAAGCAAAGUACGCCGAUAAGGGGACCUUCACCCGCGCGGACUGGGAUCGCUUGCUCGGCGAUUGCCAGGCCGUGUGUGAUGUUCCUGCUGCGUUCUUUGGCCCUGAAUUAGCGGAGCUGUACCCUGAAGCUAAAGUCAUUAUCAUGAAUCGAGACCCUGAGAAGUGGUAUGAGAGUGUGCUCAAUAGUAUCUACUUGAUAACCACACCAAAAGGGUUCUUUGCUAAACUCACUAUGAUUUAUUGUUUUCUGCUAGAUACGAAUCUGCAGUAUAUGGCCAAGUAUAGCAAGUCUAUGAGAUCCCUGGUUCAGAAGUAUGACCACGGAAAUGAUAAGGAGAAGGCCAUUGCAUGGUAUAAAGCGCAAUACCAAGAAUUUCACGACAGAAUUCCAGCGGAUAGGUAUAUCGAGUACACCAUCACAGAGGGCUGGGGACCGCUGUGUGAAUAUCUUGGUGUUCCUGUACCAGAGGUUCAGGAUCCCGAGACAGGCAAGAUGGUCGAGGCACCGUUUCCACACCUCAAUGAUGGCGAGACGUUUAGAAGGAACAGCAAGGUUAUGAAGAAGAAGACCAUGCAGAGGGCGAAUCAGAACUUACUGGUCGGUGUGGGGAGGUUGGCGUUGACGGGUAUGCUGGGAUAUGCUGGUUAUCUAGCGUGGAAGACUCGACUCGGAGGACGUGUUUAG